UGUCGGGGGCAUUUAAAAUCCUAUUGCGCCUGCGCAGCGCGUCCUUCGUGUUCUUCGACGCUUCGCCGGGCGCCAUGGACGACGAGGAGGAGACGUACCGCUUGUGGAAGAUCCGGAAAACCAUCAUGCAGCUGUGUCACGAUCGAGGUUACCUGGUCACCCAGGAUGAGUUGGACCAGACCCUGGAGGAGUUCAAAGCCCAGUUUGGCGACAAGCCCAGCGAAGGGAGACCCCGGCGGACAGACCUCACCGUGUUGGUGGCCCACAACGAUGACCCCACCGAUCAGAUGUUUGUCUUCUUCCCAGAGGAGCCAAAGGUUGGGAUUAAGACCAUCAAGAUGUACUGCCAACGGAUGCAGGAGGAAAACAUCACCCGGGCCCUCAUCGUGGUACAACAGGGCAUGACUCCAUCAGCUAAGCAGUCUCUCGUAGACAUGGCUCCCAAGUACAUCCUUGAGCAGUUCCUUCAGCAAGAGCUGCUGAUCAACAUCACUGAGCACGAGCUGGUUCCUGAACAUGUUGUCAUGACCAAAGAAGAGGUGACUGAGUUACUGGCCCGAUAUAAACUCCGAGAGAACCAGCUCCCCAGGAUACAGGCCGGGGACCCGGUGGCUCGCUACUUUGGAAUCAAGCGAGGCCAGGUGGUGAAGAUCAUUCGUCCCAGCGAGACGGCCGGACGGUAUAUCACCUACCGGCUGGUGCAGUAGCCGGCAAAACUAUUUCGCAAGCGCGUGGGCGGCAAACCUGCCUUCCCAGUGACCGCAAGGAUUGGAAUUUGGGGCGUACGUGUUUGUGUCUCAGAGGGAAAUCGCAGGUCAGUGGGAGUCUUCUUGGACAGACGAUCGCUGCUUCGAACCACCCAAGCUUCUAGAUCUCAUGGUCUGAAGUGGAACCGGUUGCUAACUUCACAAUAAGCACCCUGCUGAUAAUUCCACCCACAGCUGAACUGGGCUCAGGGAUAUUUUGCUUACACUGAUGGGGUGGCCUGGAAGCGGUUUUUGGCUAUGUGCUUUGGAUGAAGAAGCCUAGAUGGAGGACCUAUGUAGAGGCCUCUCUGCCUUUAGAGUGUGCUUGCAGUAAACCGUUUGCGAGAAAAAGGGUUUUCUGGACUCCUGAGAACGUCCCUCUUCCUUUCUCUGUUUUGCUGAUUACCGCUGGGGAAAAUCCGCCUCUCUCAAAAGGAGCCUCGACUGUCUUAAUAAGGUUAUCAUUUCAAUAAAGCAUUGGAACUAAUAA